AUGGGGCACAAUCACCAAGGCAACCCUGUUCAAAGAAGAGCAAGAUGCUGGGGUCUUUACCGAAGGAGAUUUACCAAUUGGUCUGAACCAGUCACAUUUGGCAUGAAUUCUUCAUUCCGUCAGCAGCAAGAAGGUAGUGCAGCAAUGAGUGAUAUCCAAGUGGACUCUCCAGUAAGAUUCAAUCCUUAUGCCAUUCCACCAUAUCAUCGGAGAGGUACUAUUUGUAAACAAGACCAAACCCAGGUUAUCACAGAAAGAGAGAAAAAACUUCCAGAGGGAAGAAUGGAGUGGCGCAGGCAGGAUGGGACAUCUGGGAACUGGUUCAAGAUCACAAUUCCAUUUGGCAUAAAAUAUGAUGAGAAGUGGCUGCUGGAUUUGAUUCAGAGCCAGUGCAGUGUCCCUUUCACUCCGUUUGAGUUUCACUAUGAGAAAAUGCAGGCCCACUUCUUCGUGGAGAGUGCCAGCAUCGCCUUUGCACUGAAGAGUAUCAGUGGCAACAUUUGGGACCAGGAUAAUGAAAGAAUAUCAAUCAUCGUCAGUCCCUCUGACGUGCCCCACUUUGUGCAGAAGGAGCUAAAAAAGGUAGAGCAGCUGACUACGAACAAAUAUGAUACCUCCCAGGAGGCAUUUGACAUCCAGAAACUCCGCUUUAACACAGACUUGAGGACACAUGAUGUCAUAAUGGCACCAAAUCAUGGACAGAGCAUGGCUGUAUCCCUGCACACUGAGGAAGAGAAGAUGUCCCAGGUGACGUCUGCAGAGGAGAUGGACAAGGAGAAAGGGCAGGAGCCAGAAGAGAUAUGUGUGGACAGAAAUGUCCCGUGCACCACCUUCCCGGAUAAGUCCGGCAACAUAAACUCCAUCUUGGAAUUGUUCCCCAAGUUAUUAUGCCUAGAUGGCCAGGAGUCACCCAGUCCAAAUCAACAUGGAACUGAAGCCCACAAGAUGUUACCAGUCAGCAAGGGAAGCAUCUUUGCAUCUGAAACACUGAAGAGUCUGGUCAUGCAAUUCCUGCAGCAGUAUUACUUGAUCUACGACUAUGGAGAUCGACAGAGUCUCCUUGGUGCUUAUCAUGCCAUGGCUUGCUUUUCCCUGACCAUUCCCUUCAACCACAAGGACCUAACUUCGAGAAACUUGCGCAAGUACUUCAAGGAAAGCAGGAAUAUGAUAAUGCUCAAGGACCCCUACCUGCGGAGGCAGCUGCUGAAGCACACAAAAUGUGACAUCGUGGACACCCUCAAAAUGUUGCCCCAAACUCAGCAUGACCUCACUUCCUUUCUGGUGGACAUGUGGUUCCAGACGGAAAGGAUGCUCUGCGUUUCUGUCAGUGGAUUGUUCAAGGAAGUGGAGGGAAAGUCCCUGGGAUGUGUACGUGCCUUCUCUCGGAUCUUUAUCACUGUCCCUACCAGCAAUUCCAGUCUAUGCAUCAUAAAUGAUGAGCUAUUUGUGAGAGACAUCAGUUUCCAAGAGAUCCAGGGUGCCUUAUCCAUCCCAACAACCACACCCUACUCCAGUUAUGUGCAUGCCCUCUCCCAGGAACAGCAGAACAUGGUUGAGGCUUUCUCUGCUCAGUUUGGGAUGAAUCUCAAGUGGUCUCAGAAGUACCUUCAUGACACCAGAGCUACUGAAGUCCUCGCAUUGCCCAACGUGGUAUCUGGGAAUUCAGUCCAGGCCAAGGGCAAGAUUCCAGAGGAGUCCCAGUAUCGAGCCAGUACAGACUGA